AUGUACCCAUCGCUCAAGCCUCAAGAAACUCGAAGAAGAAGCGAGACGCGCACAGUUAAAAAGGACAAGGCAUUAAAGGAGAAAUAUAAAAAACACCCGCCCUGGUCGGCGGAGGACUGGCAAAGAGCUAAGGCAGCACCACCACGACCGCCGGGUCGGUACCCCGUCAUCAUAUCGAGUUCGGGAACUUUCCCCACCGGCGAGAAAGUGAAAGAAGUUGCCAAUCUCCCGAGCGUGCCGGAGGCACUAUGGACGACCAUGACGACGAUGUUCGACAGCGAGCCAGAGCCGGAAGAACCAGAAAAGGUGCAAUACUGUGUCCUUGACUUCGAUGCUUUGCAGUUGAUUGAGAACUAUGCAAAGGGUGAAGAUGUGGUGAUUUGGUUUGAGGGCAAGAAGCGAACAGCUUGGUUAUCACCCCGUAGACCUCGUCAAAAGAGACAGCCUCCUCCAGGUGAACCACCAGGGGUUUUUGCCCGUGCCUUCGAUGAUGAUUCCUCUACUGAGGGUUAA